AUGUGGAUUUACUACCUCGGAAGCCAGAGCCAACUUCCAUGGGAAGCUGAUGAGGUCGCACUGGCUACAAAUACGGCAUCUUCCGCUCCCCUAGAUCAGAGUAUCAAGCAGAAAUCAGUGGUACACUACCCAAUCUUGGACAUAUUGCUGGCCAAGAAUGACCCAAAAGAGGCUGAUCGGGCAGGGAUGCCUCCAGACUCAGUGCACUUAUCCCAAUGGAAAGAGCUCCGAUGCAAGGUGUUGCCUGGGCAGAAUCCCACUGAUUUAGUGCUGGUUUAUGCACCAACUGGGUUGGGUGGCAUAGAAAUCACGGCAAGGGAUUAUAACCGUCUCGAACCAGGCGAGUUUUUCAAUGAUACCCUGGUUGAAUUCAGAACAAUCAAAUUAAGAUCACCACUACCUUUGGAAGGUUACCAAAGUGUGCAUAAAUGGACUUCGAAAUUCAACCUCUUUGACAAGAGGUAUAUCAUAAUUCCCGUCAAUGAAGAUUUCCACUGGUAUCUUUGCAUCAUCUAUAAUCCAAAGGGUGCACUACCCCCGCAAAUGCCACCUCCAAGGCCUGCAUCCAUGAUUACGAAGCUGGUCAUGGGUCAGAACCAAACAAAAACGAUAGAGGUUGUAGAUUUGGACACUGAUGGCGAGAUGGACAUUGAGACAGCAACCGUGACCAACUCCCCAAAUGCAGUCUCUACCAAUGCGCUGAGGAAAGUCCUUGUGACUUACCUCUUGAAUGAGGCAAUAGAUAAGAAACUUGUUGGGAGUGAAUGGGAUGAUCAUGAGCUGGAAAAAUGGUUCCAGGAUCAUGUUGUGCCGGAGGUAGCUGAGGUACCACGACAACAAAACUUUUGUGAUUGUGGUGUGUAUCUUGUGCACUUUGUGGAGAUAUUCUUGAGCAAUCCCGAGAAGGGGAUAGGAUAUAUGUGUCAGGGCACACACCCUGACUAG